CAAUCUUAAAUCUAAUGUCAUUCAACGUAUCCUAAUUCCUAAAGCUAUUGAGAUUUCUGCCUGGCGCCGCUCAUCUCGUCCAGUCCACCACCGCUGACGCCGUUCGUCUCCAGUCCACCUCCGGUAAGCCGCUCCCCCUCCCCCACCCAGAAUCCGUGCCGUGGUCCUGAUGCUCGACGACGCGGUGACGCCGACCAUCCAGUCCACUGUCGCUGCUCUUCCAGCCACCGCCGCUCCUCUCCAGUUCACCGACACUGCGCCAACUCCGACCCCUGCUCUUCCUCUUCUCAGUUUAUAAUAGGCCGAAAUUUAUGGGACCUAUUAUUAGCCGCGGCCCUCAUAUACGCAUAUAAAUAUCUUUGGGCUUACAAUCCAUCUCAUCAACCUCACUCAUACCUCAACCUUCCAUCAGAGAUCGUCACCGCCACACUCAAGCCCCUCGGCCGACCCAUGGAUGCCCCCCCUGGCGAUUGCCCUCGUGGACCUCCAAUAUUUGAUGGUGACAGACCCUUUGGUGAUCAGGAUAGAUACCGUGGUGGACCAAGAGGACCACCUGGUGAAUUUGGUGGGGAAAAAGGUGGAGCUCCGGCUGACUUCCAACCUUCAUUCAGGGAAUCGCACAAUAGCGCUCAACGCCCAAAACCCCUGCCAACAGAAAUGGAGGGUUUAAAUAGAGAGACAGAGAAGCCAUGGCGCGUACUCGAAUUCUACAGUGGCAUAGGUGGAUUGCGAUAUUCAUUGAUGGAGGCGGGCGUAGAUGCUGUGGUAAUCGAAGCAUUUGACAUCAAUGACGUUGCAAAUGAUGUUUACGAGCACAAUUUCGGCCACCGUCCGUAUCAGGGAAAUAUUCAGACCUUGAGUGCUGUUAACCUCGACAGAUAUGGGGCUGAUGCAUGGCUUUUGUCUCCUCCUUGCCAACCUUACACACGACAAGGUCUCCAGAAGGGUUCAAAUGACGCUAGAGCUUCUUCAUUUUUGAAGAUUCUUGAACUAAUACCACAAUGUUCACGACCCCCAGUGAUGCUAUUUGUGGAGAAUGUUGUUGGAUUUGAGACAUCUGAUACACAUGAAAAGAUGAUCACCAUGUUGAGAGAAAAUCAUUUUGACACACAAGAAUUCAUUCUAAGUCCUUUGCAAUUUGGUGUGCCGUAUUCUCGGCCUCGCUAUUUUUGCCUGGCAAAGCGGAAACCUAUAUAUUUCCAGAAGGCACAGUUCAAUAAUGCGCUUCUUUGGUGCCCACGCCCUAUACUUGGGUAUGAGGAAAGCAUGGUGACAAGUGAAGAUGCUGAAUCACAUACAUAUUGGAAUAAAUUACUUGAAACUACUCUACCUAUAUGUGAUUUUUUGGAAUCAAGUGAAGUUAUUUUAGAAUCGAGCUUAACUAAAAUAUCUGAGGAUACUGAAGAAGAAAGUGAACUUGCUGCUGACCCUUCAAAACUGUUUUUAGUUCCAUCUAGCCAGAUAGAAAGAUGGGGGAGUGCCAUGGAUAUUGUUUUCCCCGAAUCAAGACGUUGUUGUUGCUUCACCAAAAGUUACUUUCGAUACGUGAAGGGGACUGGUUCCGUUUUGGCUACCUGUCCCGCAAGUCAGCUACAGGGAAAGAAGAAAAUUGAAUUGCCUUCGUUGCAGGAGCUUCAACUUAGAUACUUUACGCCCAGGGAGGUCGCCAAUUUCCACUCUUUUCCGAAGGAGUUCCAAUUUCCACAACAUGUUAGCCUUCGUCAACGUUACGCGUUGCUGGGAAACAGUCUGAGUGUUGGAGUGGUGGCACCACUAUUGCGCUAUCUAUUUACUCAGCAAUCAUCAUAGUGCUAUUUUGAUCUCUAGUGUGCUACUAAUUUGUAUGGAUACAAAUCGAGCAACAAUAGCUUCUCUUUUGUAAUAAAUUUUAUAGAUCGUUGCACAUUGCUUCUAAAAGUUUAUCCAUACGUGGCUCGCGUCAACGACGUCCACCAAAUUGUAUACUAGAAUUCC